AUGGUGAAAGGUAUUCUACCUACAAAAGUUGCAAUUGCUAGACGUGUUGAUCUCCCUUAUAUGAAUUGUGACUUUUGUUUUAAUGUUAUUGAAGAUGGCAUUCACUUAUUUAGAGAUUGUGAGCCUAAAUGUGAGGUCACUGGGGGCCUUUGGUUGCUUAGCUCCUUGGGCUUGAACGCAAAAGAUGUGCCUGGGAGUUGUUUGGAAGAAUGGGUACUCAAUGUUUUUAAUGCUUUGCAUGGUGGUCAAUGUGAGGCUUUCUUCAUGUAUCUAUGGGUCAUAUGGAUGGAGAGGAACACUGUUAUUUGGAAGGGUACAUGCUUUAUUGCAUGUAUCGCAGGGCAAUGGGCUUCUCAAUUAUUACUUGAUUAUCAGAAGCUUCAUAUGGCUGGGUUGACUAAGAAGACAAGAAUCAAGGCUAAGUGGCAGCUCCCCCCAACUGGGCGUCUGAAAAUAAACGUGGAUGGUAGCUAUAGGCCAGAAUUCGGUGAUGGUGGUAUUGGAAUAGUGGUCCGAGAUGAGGAUGGCAUUUGUAUUGCAACUAUGGCGCAUUAUUUCCCUCAUGUUAUCUCUGCUACUCAUAUGGAGGCAGAGGCUUGUAGGGCUGGAGUUCUUUUGGCAAUUCACCAAUAUUGGGAUGCCUUCGACUUUGAGACUGAUUGCUCACUCGUGGUGGUUGCGUUACAACAAAAUGUGGAAGAUCGAUCUGACAUAGGGCGUAUUAUCGAUGAUUGUAAGUCAUAUUUGACAUCUUUUCACUCUAUUCAGAUUAGAUAUAUUUUCCGUAAAGUAAAUGGUGUAGCCCAUAGAUUGGCUCAUCUUGGUAGUCUUAAUUAUCUAGAUGAUAUUUGA